CGUUGGUAGUUGGCUCCAUUGUUGGUUAAUGAUGUUCGGCCGGUGAAGUUGUGGCAGUCGCCGCGUUUAGUUGCAUUUUGUGCCUCCGCUUAAAUAGACGUUGAAGCGGUUGAAAAGCGCGAAAACUUUGCAUAUCGAAGUGUUAGAUAUAGUGAUGUGCGCAAGAUAUGAAAAGAAAAGUUUUCAAAAUAUUAGACUUGAAAAGAAUACGUAAUUUCAUUUAAUACAAGAACAAGUAAAAUAAAUCGCCGAGAGAAGAACUCUUCUGUCGUAAUAAAAAUGAAUCGAAUGACGGCCUCUGAAGUGCCAUCAAACAAUCAAGCCCACAAUGGUUUAUCAAUCAGCAAUCUAACUGUAAUUAGUACAAUGACAAAUGCUAAACAAAAUGGUGAAAUUUCACCACAAAUCGAUACAAACUUUAUUGAACUGUCGCCAUCGGGUGAUUUAAGUGUUUCGCAAACGUCCUUCGACGCUAUGUCGAAUAAGGAACCGGACAAAAUGUUCGGAUGGGAAAAAUUUAAACCGAAAUUUCUACAACGCUUCUGCAAUGCAAAAUGGGCGCUCUUCUGGCUCUGUUGGGGUGGCGCUAUGCAAGGGCUUAUCGUGAAUGGCUUCAUUAAUGUCGUCAUUACGACUAUUGAACGACGUUUCGGACUGCGCUCUCGUCAGACGGGUCUUGUCGCCAGUGGCUACGAUAUCGCCUCAUUCGUUUGCCUGGUGCCUGUCACAUAUUUUGGUGGACGUGUUGGUGCAUCAAAGCCAAAAAUUCUGGCAUGGGGCGUUAUUCUAAUGGGCAUUGGAUCAUUGACAUUUGCGCUGCCACAUUUUCUAGUCAGUAGUUAUCGUGCAACAAUGAGCGAUAGUAAUGUUUGUCAAAGCAGCGCAACAAAUGGGACACAUUAUGAGACUUGCAGUUCGGAAGCCGAUACAUUUGCUGAGCAAGAGAAUCUUUCUUGGACCGUGUGGUUGUUCUUUUUGGCGCAAUUGCUGCAUGGUGCCGGCGCUUCGCCGCUCUUCACCCUCGGUGUCACAUAUAUCGAUGAGAAUGUCUCCACGAAGAUGUCCUCUGUGUAUUUGGGUAUCUUCUACACGAUGGCGAUAAUUGGCCCUGCCGUGGGUUAUGUGCUUGGCGGGCAGCUUUUACUGAUUUAUACCGAGUUCAUGACGGUGGAUGCCUCUGUCUUAGGUCUGACAAGCUCCAGCAAGGUUUGGAUUGGCGCUUGGUGGAUUGGUUUCAUUUUUGCAGCAAUUGCUUGUUUUCUACUCUCCAUACCGAUAUUCGGUUAUCCAUCAUCACUGCCGGGAGCUAAAGAAUUGCAGCAACAAAUGUCUGAAGCCUACAAUGCCGAUGGACAGAAAAUUGAGCAGACAUUCACCAAACUCAAAGACAUGCCAAGCGCACUACUAUCAUUGCUGAAGAACCCCACAUUUUUCUGUCUGAAUAUGGCCGGUGCCACAGAAGGUCUAGUAAUCGCCGGGUUCGCAGCCUUUCUGCCCAAACAAAUUGAGAAUCAAUUCAGUAUUUCGCCAGUUUGGUCCGCGCUCUUAAUGGGACUCAUUACAGUGCCCGCAGGUGGUGGUGGCACUUUCCUCGGCGGUUAUCUAAUUAAAAAAUUGAAACUAAACUGCGCCAAUAUUAUAAAAAUGUGUUUGAUUAUGACAACGAUUUCGGCAUUCUUCACCUCUUGCUUUUUGCUCUCCUGUCCGAAUUUGGCGUUUGCGGGUGUCACUACACAGUAUCGCAGGGAAGUGCUUAAAGACAGUGCCAAGGAAAUGACAAAUUUGACAGAUGGCGUGGAGCGCUCUUACUUGGGUAUGGAGCUGCAAUCGAGUUGUAAUGUGGAUUGUGGUUGCAGUAAAUUGAAUUAUGAACCGAUUUGUGGCGCUGAUGGUAUUCUCUAUUAUAGUCCAUGCUUCGCCGGUUGCCAUGAGGAAUAUCAUAUGAAUCAGGUUAAAAUUUACACGAAUUGCUCGUGCAUCGAUAAGCAAAUGUUUGAUGAUGGUGACACCCCAGAUGCCACGAAUCUGAUGUGUAAAUCUACUUGUCAUUACCUGUCGUAUUUCGUGGGCUUGUGUUUUGUGCUGAUGCUCUUUACAUUCCUGUCGACUAUGCCGGCACUGUCGGCUACACUGAGGUGA